UUGGUCUCAGAUCCCCAGCCUGCUCUAAGCCUGGUUCUCCUUUAGCAGAGAUGAUGUCCAGCUGGUUUCUUCUGGUGGCUCUUGCCUGUGGUUUGGUGGGGGCUCAGGACCCUUCACUGCAAGAACUUAACACCAAAGUGCAACAGCUAACAACCAAAGUGGAGGAGCUCCAGAGGGAGGUAUCAGCGAGACCUCAGGUGGCUUUCUCUGCUGCGCUUCUUGAGACUCAGCAAUGGACCAUUGUGGGGCCGUUCGACGCAGACAAAACCCUUGAAUUCAAGAAGGUCGUAACCAACAUCGGGAAUGGAUACGACCCAGAGACAGGCAUCUUUAUGGCCCCAUUCAAAGGGCUCUACUACUUCAGAGUCACUGGGAUUGCUGGGAGAAAUGGGAAAUUAAACGCAGGAAUCAUAAAGAAUGGACAGAACAUGUUUGCAAUCUACCAAAUAGCAGAAACACAGGCUGGUGCCUCAAACGGGAUGGCUCUGGAACUGGAGCAGGGUGACCGGGUCUACGUCCAGAUUUGGCCAAAUAUGAGCAUUGCUGACCAGAGUCGGCUCAGCACCUUCACCGGAUUCCUGGUUUUUCCAAUGUAGACGCAGCAGAAAUGCCAGAAACAACAAGGAUGGGAAGUGUUUUGGUCCUGGAGCCUCAUGUAGCUCAACAGAGUAUGGCUUCAACAAGACAGAGAAGUUGACGUUAUUUUAUUUUGUAACAUCUCUAGUAAAAACCAUCUAGAAUCAGUUUUGUUUGCUCGAGUACAAACUUGCAGGUCUGACAACAAAAUAAAAACAUCCAACUUCCA